GGCAUUGUAUAGAUGGUUUUAUCCGCUCGACGCACCAAGCUUGAUGUAGCAGCUUAAAUGACUAACUUACAGCGAAACAGUGUUGCUGAGAGGAACAUUGAUCAGGCUAUUACAGCAUUGAAAAGAGGCUCGUAUCUACUAAAGUAUGGCCGCAGAGGGAAGCCAAAGUUUUGCCCUUUUCAGCUCUCUAAUGAUGAGACAACACUAAUAUGGUUUGUUGGUAAGGAGGAGAAACAGCUUCGAUUGAAUCAUGUUUCACGAAUUAUACCUGGACAGCGUACUGAUGUAUUCCAACGUUUUCCUCGACCUGAAAAGGAAUAUCAAUCAUUUUCUCUUAUAUAUGGAAAACGAUCCUUGGAUCUGAUGUGCAAAGAUAAGGAUGAAGCAGAAAUCUGGUUUAUCGCCCUUCAGGCAUUGAUCUCAAAGGGGAAUUAUCAAAGAUGGAAAACAGAAGUAAAAGGUGAUGAUAUAUCAUCAGACACUUCAAGUGCUGAUGCUCAAAGGAAUAUACGGCCCACUGUGUCAACUGGCAGUGGAGAUGCUGCUUAUGAGGAUUCCAGACAAGUACAUAGAAACCUGCUUUCUCUUCAAAAGCCUCCACAGAAAAAAUUGGGAAGAGUAUUUUCGGAAUUCUUACUUAACAAUUCAGUGGAUUUUUCUCCUCAGAGAGAUUCUUUCACAAAUUCAACAAGCUCAAUGUCCUGCACGAAUAUGGAUGAUGCAAGUGGGCAAAGCUCUGCUGAUACUUCACGAGUAAGUUCUUCCAGUGCACUUUCUUCAUCUAGCCAGAGGUCCUUUUUUGAAGAUUUUGAUAGACUAUGUGAUCUUUUCAUCUGGGGGGAAGGAACUGGUGAUGGAUUGUUGGGUGGGGGUGUGCACAAAGUUGGAGAGAUUUCUGGUGCUAAAAAAGAUGCAUUUCUGCCAAAGGCUCUGGAAUCAACACUGGUACUUGAUGUUCAGAAUAUUGCUUGUGGAAGUAGACAUGCUGUUUUAAUUACAAAAAGGGGAGAGGUAUUCAGUUGGGGUGAGGGAUCUGGUGGUAGGCUUGGACAUGGAGUAGAAACUGACAUUGCUAAUCCGAAACUAGUAGAGACUCUCAAUGGAUUGAGUAUCAACUCCGUUGCUUGCGGUGAAUAUCAUAAUUGUGCUCUCACAGUAUCAGGAGACCUCUAUACAUGGGGAGAUGGAACUCAUAAAUUAGGCCUUCUUGGUCAUGGAAAUGAAGUUAGCCACUGGACUCCAAAAAAAGUAACUGGUCAGAUGGAGUGCUUAUAUGUGUUGUCUGUUUCUUGUGGACCUUGGCAUUCUGCAGCUAUCACUUCGCUAGGUCAAUUAUUCACAUUUGGAGAUGGAUCCUUUGGUGCUCUAGGUCAUGGAGAUCGUAGCAGCUCAAGUGUUCCCAGGGAAGUUGAAACUCUAAAAGGAUUUCGAACAGUAAGGGUUUCUUGCGGAUUUUGGCAUACUGCUGCUGUAGUAGAUGUUUCUUUUCAAUCAACAAGUUCAGAAACCUCAUCAGGUGGAAAGCUAUUCACAUGGGGAAAUGGGGAUGAAGGCCAACUUGGACAUGGGGAUAAAGAACCUAGACUUUUACCAUUCUGCAUUACUGCUCUUGAAGAGAUGAGCUUUUGUAAAGUGGCCUGUGGUCAAAGCAUCACAGUUGCUCUUACAGCCUCUGGUGAAGUAUACACUAUGGGAAGAGCGGACUAUGGACAACUGGGAAAUCCUGGACAUGCUGGUGGGCUGCCCACUUGUGUGCAGGGAAAAUUGAAAAACAUUUUUAUCGAAGAUAUAGCUUGUGGCUCUUUUCAUGUUGCGGCCCUGAGUUCGACAUCUGAAGUUUACACCUGGGGGAGGGGAAAAAAUGGUCAGUUAGGGCAUGGGGACUUUAAUGACAGGGACAUUCCUACACUAGUUGAAGGUCUGAGGAACAAACAAGUAAAGGCUUUAGCUUGUGGGAACAACUUCACUGCUGCUAUAUGUCUUCAUAAACAAGUGUCUCUAGCUGAUCGUUCAACUUGUUCAGGUUGCACUCGUCCGUUUAAUUUCAAAAGGAAAUGUAAGAACUGCUACAAUUGUGGGCUUGCCUUCUGCAGGGCAUGCUGCAGUAAGAAAUCUCUAAAAGCUUCUUUGGCUCCAAAUAUGAAGAAACCCUAUCGAGUUUGUGACAAUUGUUUUGCCAAACUGCAUAAGGGCUCGGAUUCAGGUUUUAGUUUUCUACCUCCCAAGGCCUUGAGCGGAACCAAGGGGAGAAAUGCUGUUGAGGAAAAGGAGAAAGAGAACUUUCACACCAAACCUCGUGGUUUUCUUUCUAAACUCUCCUCUUUUGAUUCAUUCAGACGAUCUAAUAUUGGACAUUACAAGAAGAGCCUAAAGUCAACCUCAAUCAGUGGGCAUUCCUCUUCCAUCGGUAGUGAAAAUUCACUAUGUGAUAAGUCAUGCAUACCAACUCCGUCAAGGUCUAUGUUGGACUACGCUGAGAAAGUAUCUAUUUCUGCUCCUGGUUCAACGGGGCAUUCUCAACCAUCAUCUCCUUACUCUAGAGGAUCAAGUCCAUUUCAAUCUGCAUUGGUUAUGCCUUCUUCUUCUCCUCCUCUUUCAAUUCCUGAUGCAGUAUUUGAUGAUUCAAAGCAGAAAAGUGACAGUUUGACAAAAGAAAUAUUGCUCUUGAGAGAACAGGUGGAGAUUCUUACCUGCAGAUCUCAGUUCCUGGCAUCAGAACUGGAAAGAACAUCAAGCCAAAUAAAGAACGCUACAGAAUUAGCAAGGUAUGAGGCAGAGAAAAACAAUGCUGCAAAGGAAGUAAUAAACUCACUGAUCAGGCAGUUGAGGGACAUGUCUGCAAAAGUGCCUCAAGGGGCUUCCUCCUGCAGAACUUCGGAUCCAUUUUCAGAGAACAACUCCAAUUCCCUGAGCAUUUCUUCUUCCUGGAGCCAAUUAACCAGCUAAGCUCCAAUGAGCUUGGGAGGUGUUCUGCACAUAGUUGUAGAGGAUGUCUGACAUUAAGUAGAUUUAGACACUAACUCAAGCCACUUGGCAGUCUUCUGGACAAAUUCACUUCAGUUUUGGACUGUCUUCUCUGUCUAUCUGUUGCAGCUUGAGACAUUGACAACUAAGAUCGAUAUCCGAGCAGAUGAUAAACUGAUGCAGUAAGAGCAGCAAGACUUGGGUUGUACCAUAUCUUCGGCUUUAUAGCUACCCUUUUUCUGAGAGCUCUUUCACUUUUGUUUUGACAGUAAUGAAAUUCUGCUUCAGAUGUGAUGUACAGUCAUUCUUGCCCGGUGUAUAGUUAGCAUUACGUGUAGAGGCGUUAGAAAGUAGGCAAGGAAAAGAACGCUAAGAUGCAGUUCAGCAUUCUGCUGCGAAGCGUGAUUUUUCUCAUGGUGCUUCCAUGCAAUUUCGGUUUUUUCUUUUCAGGGUAUUUUGAAAUUUGAUCCCUAUUGUGAUCAGCUCAAAUUUGUUACGCCAUACAGUCGCUCUAUCCUCAGCUUCCUCUUCUCUCUCAAUUUGUCACUUUGAGCCAGAAUUUGCCAAGCAAUUUUUUUUUUUUUU